AACACACCGCGUCACGACCACGGAAGGCCACCGCCAGAGGCUCGAACCUCGGGAAGAAAGCGGAGCAGCGCCGAGCCGAGCCGCGGGCUUGCCCCCCGAGCUUCGAAGUUUUAUAAAUAACCGCGAGUCCUUGGAGACGCAUCCGGAAGGCGGCAACGCAGCGCAGCCCGCUGGGUCGCUGGGACGCCGCCCCAAGAUCUUCCGGAGGUCUUCGGCAAGACGACCGCGGUCGUGGAGACAGCGACCGCAGCAACGUCAUGGCCGACCCUGGCAGGUCCCUGGGCGUUAACCUCUUCGUCUGCUGCCUCCUGGUGCUCUGUGCUGGACUAGUCUUCGUGGUACCGCUGCUCGGUCAACUAUGGCAGGUGAUCCCGGAGCUGUCGACGGUCGAGGUGGCCAUGCGGUUCCAGGGGCUCUUCCUGGCGAUGGCCGCCGUGUGUGGCAUGGCGGCGUACUGCCGCCGCGCGGGAUCUUCGCGGCUGCACGCGCUGGUCGGUAGCUGCGCGGCGUGCGCCACGGUGGCCGUCUGCCUGACGGCUGUGCUCUUCGCCUACAAGCUGCUCCUGCUGCUCCAAGUCCUCGAGAAAGACGAGACCAAGGAGGUGAACCUGGACAACCUCGGGGCGGUGCUCCUGCUGACGCUGCUCUCGGUGGAUCUGCUGGCGCUGCUGGCCACCCUGGCGGCCACCGUCUGCUGCAUCGUGUACCUCUCGAGGGCCAGGAAGCUGCGCUGCUGCGCGGCGCGGCGCGAAGGCAGCUACCCCGUCGAGGACCACAAGUACGGUGCCCCCGGACUGCCGCCCAGAAGGCCCCGCGGCUCGUCGGACGUGCCGGUGCUCACCGCGGCCAGAUACCCCACGACGGAGAGGGAGCCGGAAUACAGCCUGCCCCGCAAGGGCGCUUACGGGGACGACCCAGUGGCGCAACCCCGGCUGGUCAUGGCCCCAGACGAUGCCCCGGUGCUGCACCUGGGCAGGCAGCCCCCCGGCACCGUCUACGUGCUGCCGCCCGGAAGCCUAGUCAUGCUGGAGUCCCGCUAACGAGCUCCGCUUUUGUCUCACUCACUCGUCACACGCUGCUCAGAACCGAUACCGCCAAUACCACAUGCUCCGUGUUGUCCUUACCCGGCAACGUCCAGUCAUAUGGCGUACGUAUUAACACGGUGUUUUAGAACGGGCCGGGGGGACGCUUGGGGCACCUGAGCAGCGUAGUGUCUCGACGCACAGUGUAUGCGCGGAGCUUCUGGGCAUGCGCAGUACGCAAGCUGCUCGGGCGACCCGAAGCGUUGGGGACGCCCUAUUCUGAAACUCUUUAUUAGCGACCAGUCCACGUACUACGCCACCACGCUCUUCCAAGGGCUGCACGGACCACAUGCCUCGUGCGCUGGCACACUUUUGUCUGCUAGCGGGACCCGGUAUCAUCCAGCACUGCCGCCCUUUGUCGAAAGUCACAGAAAGGACGAGACCAACAGGGCGUCCUUCGUCGCCCUACGGUGUGUUUUGGCUGCUCCUGCGCAGCUUACCAAAAGCUCCGCAUGCACGCGACGCAAAGAUAUAUACUUCUCAAAGCCCGCACUAGUGCCGAUGACACAAUCACGCUGCGCAUAUAACUUCUGGGACGGACUACAGCCUUUGCCAGGAAAAUCAAGUUUCUACAAAAAAUCCAACUUCUAAAAGCAAAUUUCUAGGCAACACUGAUCCCAAUCUUCGGACAUCUUCUCGAACCCAGCAGGAGAGGGGAGAAAUUGAGUGAGACUUCAGCUAGACGGACUGUAACUCAAAAGAUGCUCGAGCUUACAUUUUACGCGCUCGUACGUCGUGUUUACUUUACACUGCCGCUUAGUCGAAAAGCCCGUGAAUAUCCUUGCGUUCACCCGCUUGGACAACAUGGGCUUAGAUGUUGCGUUCCUUUCAUCGUGAUUCUGAAACUUUUGGCGAGAAGUGAGAACGCAGAGCUGGACCACAAAGCUGCGCUGUUUGGAGAAAUGUUGAUAUAAAUGGCGCCUUGGAGCUACACCUCAGCACUGACUGUACAGAACGUGGGCGAACUUAAACUCGACAAACGGCGUCCGCCAGAUACUGUUCCUUUAAAUUUACCUCAAAUGUGUUGUGAAAUUUUCGCAAAGAAAAAGUAGCAAAUUUUGUUCGCAUCUCAUAUGACAGUGCAUCACUCCACUUUCGCUAUAUUAACCGAUGUCACGUUGUUCGUUUGUGUUUUGUAAUAUGUGACUGACGAAAACAAAGUAAAUAAAGAAAUAUUUACGCCACGUUCACGUGCGGGAGCCGGAAUAGACAUUUUUCAGCAUCCGUCGCAUGGGCGCUGCCAUCUUGGAAUCGCGUG